AUGUCGAGUUUGGAGUCUAGAAAGCAUGUUUCCCCGGACUCGGGCUUCCCAAUUUCCUUACAUCCCCACUUCCAUCCGAAGAUCAAAGAUCACGUACCACCAGAGCCUGUUCGUGAGGAGAGAUUCCCAGACAAGGAUAGAGCCUCCUUCGCCGAUCCCAAAAAGACGGCCCUCCUUUCAGGCGCGAAAACAUUUGAGUUGACAGAAUCAAUCGGCACAGUGCUGGAAGGUGUGCAGUUGUCGCAACUUUCGGCACAGCAGCUAGAUGAACUAGCACUUCUCGUUACAGAGCGCGGGGUCGUCUUCUUCCGGAACCAGGACCUGACAACUGAGGGCCAAGUGAAGCUGUUCGAGCAUUACGGCACUCUCGAUCGUCAUCCUGCGCAAAAGGAUGUGAAGUACGUUAUCAUCAAGGGCAGCCGCGAGGAUCACCGUGAAAUACUCAAGUACACUCCUUGGCCCUCUGGAGACUUUCACGCCGACACGUCUUUCGAGAUCAACCCGCCGUCCUACUCCUUGUUGCGCAUGGAGGAACACCCUGAGGUCGGCGGUGAUACGGCUUGGGUGUCCCAAUAUGGACUUUAUGAUGCUCUCAGCGAGGCCAUGAAGAAAUUCGUUGACGGCCUUCACGCAGUACACACCUCACGAUUGCAAUAUGAUACAAUUUUAGACCUCUGGGGCACUGGCCCGAACCGACCUCCCAUUGAUUCACAUCAUCCAGCUGUCAGAACACAUCCCGUCUCCGGACUCAAGGCGCUUAACGUCAAUCCAGGCUUUGUAACCGGCUUUGCCGAAUUGAAAAAAUACGAGGCGGACAAAUUGUUGGACUUCUUCGCAUUCCACAUCCACUCUGCUGACGAUCAUGCCGUUCGCUGGAAGUGGGAAGUGGGUAGCGUGGCUAUGUGGGAUAAUAGAUGUACAAUUCACCGCGUCAUUCCCGGAACGUACGAUGCACCACGCAAGGGUAUCAGAACAACCGUAUUUGGUGAGAAGCCCUACUUCGAUGCAAAUAGCGAAAGCAGAGCCGAGCGGGUGGCAAGAUUGAAAGAAAACAGCCAACAAAACUAA